UAAUACAAUCACAGAAGAAUCAUUCACUGGCUCGAUUUCAAAUCGUGUGGACUUAGAAAUCAUCAGUACGAUUGUACGAUCGGAAUCGAGCCAGGGGAAAGAAAAAAAAUGGAAGAAGACCCAUUUCUCCGGCAGUACCAGCCGUCGGAACUGAAGAUCGUUUCGGAGUUUUUGACGAAUUGGCUACCAUUCUUAUCUAAAGAUCUAUGCAAGGACUGUAAUCACCUUCUCUCCAAUCGAAUCCGCUCUCUUGACCCAGAACAUUGUAGUAACGCAGAUAAAGGUGAUGGAGAGUGUAAAGCUGGUUCUUGUUCAGUGUUGAGAACAAGUAACAAUGUGGAUGAUAAUUAUGAUGGGAAGUCUAAUGAAGAUUUUGAAGACGUCGAAGACUGUGAUAACCAUUCGUUAGGUAGUUGGAACGAGAGUGGAAUUGUAUUUGGUUCCUUUGCUAAAGCUUCUAGUAGUGUACUGCCUUCCCGACCAGCUGUUGUUGAAACAUCAAGCCCUCGAAUGUCUUGGGCUGAUAUGACACAAGAGGAUGAGUUCGAAGAUGAGGAGGAUGAAGAGGAGAAUAGGGAUUCGGGUAGGAAAGGUUUUGAUUCGAGUUCGAUGAAGACUCCCCAGAAGACUACGUUGUCUAGAGAUCAGAGAGAGAAUCUCAGGCUGAUGCUUGUGAAGAGAAAGAAAGAUUUCAUUUGUUUGGAGAGAGUUAAGGGGAGAAUCAUUAAUGUGCUUGAGGGACUUGAGUUGCACACUGGUGUUUUUAGCGCAGUGGAGCAGAAACGGAUUGUUGAUUUAGUGUAUCAACUGCAAGAGAAGGGUCGAAGAGGACAACUUAAAGAGCGCACAUUUACUGCUCCACGAAAGUAUAUGAGAGGCAAAGGACGUGAGACUAUUCAAUUUGGCUGCUGUUACAACUACGCUAUAGAUAGAGCUGGAAACCCACCUGGUAUCCUGAAACGUGAAGAAGUGGAUCCAUUACCUCCUCUUUUCAAAGUAAUCAUUAGAAGGUUGGUUCUAUGGCAUGUUCUGCCUCCAACUUGUGUUCCUGAUAGCUGCAUUGUCAACAUCUAUGACGAAGAUGACUGCAUACCUCCUCACAUAGACAACCAUGAAUUUCUCCGUCCGUUCUGCACCAUCUCUUUCCUCAGUGAAUGUGAUAUUCUAUUUGGCUCUAACCUUAGAGUCGAGGGUCCUGGUGAAUUCUCGGGUUCGUACUCACUACCGCUUCCUGUGGGAUCAGUUCUGGUGUUAAAUGGAAAUGGAGCUGAUGUAGCUAAGCAUUGUGUACCUGCAGUUCCUACAAAAAGGAUAUCAAUCACAUUUAGGAAAAUGGAUGAGUCGAAACGCCCGGUUUGGUUCACCCCAGAGCCUGAUUUGCAAGGUAUCGAGCCACUGUCAUUAGAGCUGAACCGCUCUGGUUCUUCUGCAAGGUCCUCGGGAUCAAACAUCCAUAACGGCACAAACCGAAAAGGACAUGGACGUAGAGGAGGAGGCAAUAGUUAUGACUCAAGAGGUUACUAUAAUGCUGAGAGAAGCAGUGAGCACAAUGACUCUGGAGACUGGCCAUCAAGCGAGAGAAGAGGAAAGCCACGUUCUAGUAGAAACUAAGGUUAAUUUCUUCUACUUCUGAAGCUGAAAUUUUAUGGAUUCUUUUCAUUAAUUAACCAAUUUUCCACAUAAAUAUAAAAUUUGUACAAUAUUAACAUAUCUUCCUGAGUUUUUUUUGUUUUCAGACAAUCUUAUGUCUGGGUAUUUAUCUAUUUUUGUUUCUAUGUAUUUGUCAGUUUCUGAAAUUGUAUAAUGUAUAUUACAGUAUGAUUUUUGGUUUAGUGUGAAUUGUUCUGUGGUUUGUUUAGCUUUAUGUAUUGUUCCCAUA